AUGCUGACUCUAGGUUGUAUUGCCACCGGCUUUACGCCUGCCUCCCUCACCUUCAAAUGGAAGGACACCGACGAGAAUGCCUUGACUGACUUUGUCCAGUACCCGGUUGUCCAGACCGGUGAAAAGUACAUGGGAGUCAGUCAGCUCCUCGUGAAGAGAUCAGACUGGGAUGAGAAGAAGACUUUCCAAUGUGCCGUGGAACAUUCAGCUGGCUCAAAGGAAGUGAUAUUACAGAAACCAGGUAAGUCUCAUUUAUAAAUUGACUGAUCAAUUUAUUUAAUAAUAAUAAUAAUAAUAACAAUAAUACAGUAUUAGGUUAGGGUAACUUAUUAUUAUCCAUAUUCAUCUACACGUAUUAGGAUAGUAAAAACAUAUGACGAUCGAUUCGCAGAUUAUUAGAUUCGAUAACAAACCGAAUUUGUAAACAUGAUUCUGUCAAAAAAUAAAUAUCAACGCUGAUAAACUUGUGAAGUAUGGAUGAAUUGCAAAUGGUUUAGUUGUAUAAUUCCAUUGCUGCUAUUCGAAAUUACAAUGGACUACUACUGUACAAUAGGCUGCUUGUAUAAAGCAUAUUGUGCGUUCACGUGUAUAAUAAAGCGUGUAUAAAUAAAGCGUGUGUAAAAUUAUUGGACCAAUUAAUCCAUCUUUAGAGUCUACUUCAGAAAACUCUGUACCUUAGUAGGCCUAGCCAUACAGUAAAACACCUUGUCUGAUGAGAUACCUGAUGCAUGUUUAAAGUAACAAAUGUGUUAUAGGAUGAAUAGAAGUGGCUAACAACAAAUGCAUGAUUAGGCCUACAUCUUAAGAUAGUUGAUGACCACUUGAAGAGCUUUGCAGAGCUGAUAAUUGCUUGCUGGAACAUUUGUGUCACUGUCACCAGCUAUAAAACAAGCCAUUUAGGUAUGAGUCUGAUUGUGGUGUAGGUGAUAGGAUAGGAUGAGGGUUGGAACGGCGGUAACUUGCCCAUGCAUUUGAGUCGUUGGGUAAUUAAGCCAUGUCUCCCCAGCACAAAGGUUUGAGCCCUGUUUGCUUUCCUUCGCCUGCAUAAUCCUUUUAUGUCCACAGUCUUAACUCCUUGAUCACUUCAAUAAUUGAACCAUAUUUGUAUUGUGGCAGUGUAUUGCCCUUACUUGCCCUGGGACUACAGGUGCAGAUUCGCUUGUGGCUAACCCCGCUACUUUUGCAUGGAUGUUGCAUUAUUGUAAUAUUGAUGUUGAUUAAUGUGCACUGUCCCCUAUAAAUAAAUAAAUAUAGGCCUACACAUUGAUUGGUUGACAGAUUUAAGACAUAAUACAUUCAUAAGCAAUUGACACAAUUCAAGUCAAUUUAUGGACAGAGCUUUGACCUUUCCAUCUCCACCACUGCAACACUCCAGAAAUACACGCACAGUAGAGCAAGCACAGUAGAACAGCAAAACAGGUUAUGAAAGUGCAUAGUUUAAAAGUUGGUAGGAGUAUUGUGCAUGAAAAUAGCGGGACAUGAUUCCCACAGGGGCCCUGCAAUAUCACCAAUUGAUUGUACACAUAGAAGCCAUAUUAACACUUUUCCAUUCUAGCAUACUUGUUCCUCUCUCAGCAUCUGCAUAUGUCUGUUAACAUGUAUAUGAAGAGUUUAUUUCUUAAACACUAUAUCCACACAUUCUUCCACUUUUGUGGUUUUUCACCAGAAAUUAUUUCUUAUGGCUACCUUCACGUGUAAAAUAUUACUGCCCCCAGUUUUUUUCUUUAGCAAUUUUAUGUGUGUAGUAAAACGGGUUUUUUGCAAAACGCUGUAUAUCCAUUGUUUAGCUGUAAUGGAAUAUUCGUAUACUGUUAAUAUGACGGAUAUGUGGUUGUCUCACCUAGCUAUCUUAAGAUGAAUGCACCAAUUAUAAGUCGCUCUGGCUAAGAUAUUCUGCUAAAUGACUAAAAUGUCAAAUGUAAAUGAUCUAAUCUAAUGUAAAUGAUCUAAUCUAAUUUUACUGUAUUGAUUCAUUAUUUUAAAUUUUUUGUAUUGAUGUCACAAAUGUAUAAUUUGUACAGUUCUUUAUUAAAAAUGUAAUUAUUUGUUACAUUUGACUGUAUAAAACCUAGCAGUACUACUUAUUCUCUGAGAGUGGGGCUGAUAUAUAGCGUUUUGCAAAAAAACAACAUGAUUAUAUGUCUCUGAAAUGAACACAUUAAAUGAUAGAUCUCAAACAAACACGUCUGUAAUUGCACAGCCCCAAUCCAUUAUUACAUGGUGAAAAAACACACCAAUCUAGUUCAUUAGUUCUUUAAACAACAGCAGCUCAUUUAGAAAAUGGAUAUGUAGCGUUUUGGAAAGAAACUCUUCAUAUGUUUUGUUCAUCAGCUUCUGCGUUCAUAUAUGUGUAUGUUUGUUUUUCAGUUGAGCCUCAGCCCGUCUCCCCGUCUUUUUAUGUAAUGACCCCCUCAAAAGAGGAGAUGCAAGACAAUCAAACAGCUUCCUUUGCCUGCUUAGCAAGGGACUUUUCACCCAAAGAUCAUGAGAUUACAUGGCUGAAGAACAAUAAGCCAAUAGCCAAGGGGGUGACAAACUUCUGUCAGGAUGAAAAGAAGGGAGAACAGAACACCUUGUACAGCGCAACCAGCUUCUUGAGCGUCGGCGAGACUGAGUGGACAGAUGGGUCAGAGUAUACCUGCCGCUUUGUGCACAAAUCUGGAAACCAGACCAAGACUGUGAAGUACUCCUCUGGUGAGUAAAAUCCAUCAAAAUGUCCCCUCUUGGUAGCUAUGAUACACACUAAAACAGUGCUCAGAGAAGGUUCUGUUCAACAUGCAUUAUUUAUUUCAUUAACUUCAAACACUCUUUUGGUAUCAGGUAUUGUCCAGGGACAGCACUGUAUCAGCUGGUCUCUGUUUUAUAUAGUUUGGUAUAUAUAACUGCUAGUUUACAUUUUGCUAAAUUACUGACCAUGAGAAAUACCCCAUGAAUAGAAACAAUAAUCAAAACAGAAUGUAUUUAUUUUAGUGUUGAUAGGGGGAUGAUGCAUUGAAUUACAAAUGUUUUAAACCUCUUCCCUGUGUCCUCUUACAAUAGGUGCAGUAUGUGACACUCAUGUGGAAUUCCAAUUCAUUGAGCCAACUCCAGAAAACCUCUUCUUAGAUGAAAAGGUCCCCCUUGAGUGCAGGGUCACUUCAAAGCAAGCAGGCUUCCAGACCAUCAAAUGGAUGACCGAGGAUAAGAAAAUCCUCCAUGAAGAAUAUGACGAACGUGAGGGACGUUCAAUCACUGCCAAGAUUCUAAUCAGUUAUGAGGAGUGGCGUAAUGGGACAACAUUCAUCUGUAGUGUGGAGCACAAAGAUCUUCCAUCUCCAGAAGAGGAAUCAUACCGAAGGCAGAAUGGUGAGGCACCCCAUUUUAAAUUCAAAUUCAAUUACUGUAUAAUAAGAUACGUUUUUAUUUAUUUAAUUUUUUAAUUGACAUACUUGUGUAAUGUUUGUGUUUUAAAACUAGUCAUUUUUCAAGGUGAUGGUGUAGUUUCUGAAUCACAUAGUGGUUGUGAUUAGCCUUUGGUGUUAAGUACAAUAUAUUCCAAAGAUCUUCCAUUUGGUUAAAUAGAUAACGUAUGGCAGCACAUGUUUUUACAUCAUAGCCCCCUUUUACCUAUUUUCUCCCCUUAACACUCAUCAUGCGAUGAUAUUGCACACAUUUGAAAAGUUGUGCAAUUGCAGAUGGCUCAUUGCCACUCCUUAACUAUAGGAUAACCCAAUCAGCACAACGUGUCGCUCCAAGACAUUUGAACAGAUAUCUUACUGAGCUUUGACAGAAGGCAUAACUGUUCUCUUGUGCUUCUAGGUGAAAUGGAAAAGCGUCCAUCUGUGUUUCUUUUGGCUCCUACAGAAGAAACUAGCAGUGGUAUGGUGACCCUGACUUGCUACGUCAAGGACUUCUACCCCAAAGUGGUUUUAGUUGCUUGGCUUGUUAACGAUGAACUUGUCACAAUGGAUUCAACAAAGUACCAAUACAACACCACUAGUGCUAUUGAGACAGGAAGGACAUAUUACUCAGUAUAUGGUCAGCUCACCAUGAGCAUGGAUGAUUGGAUGGUGGAUGGUGAGGUGUAUAGCUGCGUAGUGUACCAUGAAACCAUUCCGAAGUCCACAAAAAUGCUUGUCAGAACCCAUGACAGAACCUCAAACAAACCCAACCUAGUCAACCUCAGCUUGAAUGUCCCUCAGUGCAAGGCCCAGUAGAGGAUGUGUUGCCUUGUGUUGUGUUGCUAUGUGUUGACCCUAUAUGGUUGUUUGUGUUUGUGUUUGUGACAUGACAUGAUGUGUGUCUUUUAAGUGCAGAAUCAAAAUCCAAAUAAAAAGAUUGAAUCAAUAAACCUGUUGAUGUAUGUCCUGUGCAGUUCCUACUCAUGUCUGUCCCGUCCCCCCACUUUUGUGCAAAGCAGAUGGUUAGUUAGAGCUUCAGUAUCUCUCUUUGGGGGAAAUGUCAGCUCUCACACAAGUAGAACUAACGGUAAAGAGACAAUACAAGUCAGGCAUAGUCUUAAUGCAUUACAUUUACAAUGAGGUCAUGAUUAUCAUGCAAUAUAAGUCUAUCUGGAAUACAGUAAUGGUGGACACUGAAUAAUGUAAUAGUAUAAAGCUUAUUUUGCACACCUAGCUGUAAUCUAGCACGCAAGUGAUAUCCACUCACAUUCUUAAAAUGUUACCCUGAUGACAGGAAUGAGCUAUGGAAGUGUAGCGUUAGCAUUAGCAACACAGUUGACUGCUGAUUCAGAUAUUCUCCUCGUGUCUAUGGUGUAAUCAGAUGUAGUGCAUUGAACUUGUUCAGGUGUUCCUGUCUUCUUGUUGUUUGGCUUUGUGUGCUUCUGUUCCCUCUACUGUGUCUCACCUGUAGAAAUGCUAUAUGUAUGUUCUAUUGAUUCAAAUUCUACCACCAUGGGUUUGGAGACAGAUGAGAUAUGAUUAGGGUUCGUUCACAAGAAGCAAGCCAAGCCAAGAAGAAGUUGGAAGUUCCCAUUGAUCGGCAAGUGUGUCGUUUGGCCAAAGCAAGUUAGGGUCACCUUCACUGCUGGUUUGAUAUCCUCACAUUUUAGAUUUUCAAUGUGUUGCAUGCUUUCAGUUAUAACUUAGUCAUUGGAGGUGAGGCAUGCACAAGUCCAAUAAAUACACAAUGCAUGCUUUAGAUUUCUUUCUCACAUCCUACAAAAUAUCACAGUAUUAUCUGAAACACAACUAUGAUUGAUACCGGAGACAGCUGUACUAUGCAAGGUUUCCCAUAAAACAGUUAAAAGUAUGCCAAUUCCAAAAUCAGCCCCUAGCCCCAAACCUAUGACACUUCUUGAAAGCCCCUUAGCUCUCACUUGUACAUGAAGGCUACAUGCAAUACUCCCCCUAGGUAACAAUAUGAAUGGAGCUAUGGAGAAACUAUUAUUAGAACUAAGAUCUAUAACACAUUUUUUAGGAGCCAUCAAGAAGUGUCCAGAAGUUGGGACUUGGUUUAGAGCUUCUUGUCUGUUAGCGACCGCGAAGUGGGUGAUGAGGUGAGGCAGAGAAUUGGGGAGAGGACGGGCGGGGAGAUCCCCGAUCCGAUGUGAUUGAUGCCCCCCGUUUGGCCCCCCCCCCCCACCCUCACCCCUCCUCCCGAACCAACCUCGCCCACCCCCACCCCUCCUCCCCUUGCCCCGCCCCACGCAUAUUGGGCCCACAUGGGAGGGCCCCGCGUCAAGGGCCCCCCGUCUUGACCCUGCCUAGACACUUGUUUCAUAUCCACAUGCAGAGUGUUCGUUUGACUACUGUCAUGCCGCCACACCACUACACAUGGCGACCACCCCAUCUACCCCACCCCUUGCCAGGGACACAGCCCAUGCCCGGCGGGAUCGACCGCGCGAUAACAGACCUUCACCUUUAUAAUGAUCAUCCCCCUCCUCCUACUCUGCUGUCUGGCGUUGGGAAAAUGCCAUCCAGUCAAAAAAAAACAUAAAACCAAAAAAAGAAAAUGCAAAAAAAAAAACAUUUGAAGUUAAUUUGACAAAAGCAGUAUUCCUUCUAGCCAUGACCGGAGUGUGGGAAGGGUAGUAAAAGGAAGACAUUUUGUUUUUGAAAGUUCCAUAGUCUGUGUGGUUGCAUUGUUAUGUUUAUGUAUGGUUCCACAUUCAAACAUACAGUCCAUUUAUAAGUGGUAGAACUUUCAGUAACAACGUGAACAGAUUCUAGCAAGAUUAGAAUGUAUACAUUCUUUACUUGAUGCAAUUCUCUGCAAGAGGCAUAAUAGUGAGAGAGAAUACAGUAAUAAGCUAAAUAUACUAUAUAUAACUUACAUUUUAACAAUAUUAUUUUACAGGCUAUAUUUUUGAAGUGUCAGGUAAUAAAAAUGUAUAAUUGCAUCGAAAUAGAUGUCACAAUUAUUGUAAGUAAUUUUAGUGAACAAAUGUUUGCUUCUUUUUUCAGGUGAAAUGAAGAAACUGUGUUUGAAGUAUUUGAAAAACGUAUAACUUUUCAUACUUCCAUUUAUUUUAUCCAUACAUAUAUUGUAACUGUUUUCCUGCUUGUCUUCGUUGUUGCUUUGGUUUGAAUAGUUCAACUGUAGAGGUUAGAUUUGUAAAUAUUUCAUGGUGCCUUUUUACCCUAUUAAGAUAAUAAAAGUUGAACUGAAGUAAACUACAGUGUAUUGUUCUUCCUUUACCAUUGCUCCAUCCAUUACCUUCUACCCCCAAGCCAUAAGACUGCUAAACAGUUCAUCAAAUGGCUACCCAGACUAUUUGUAUUGACCCCCUUUUUACGCUGCUGGUACUCGCUGUUUAUUAUCUAUGCAUAGUCAGUCACUUUACCCCUACCUACAUGUACAUAUUACCUCAAUUUGUACAUGAUUUAUUGUCUUACUAUAAAAACAAUUCUGCAUUGUUGGUUAAGGGCUUGUAAGUAAGCAUUUCACGGUAAGGCCUACACCUGUAGUAGAUACAAAUUUGAUUUGAUUUGAGAAAUACAAUGCAGCUGAAAGGUUGUAUUAUAAUGUUUUAUAAAUAUUGAAGAAACACAUUUCUUAUUUACGGUUUAAUUAGUAUACUUGUUGUUUAAAAGUUAUUUUAGAACUGUGUGGCUGUUGUGAUGUGUGGCUGAAUCUACAGUAACUAAUCUACGUUUUCUAUUUGCUGGAUGCUGCGUAUUGGGUUCUGCAUGAACACAUCUGGAAUCAGUGGGCCUUGCUACACUUGGUAUGCAAAAUAUUCUGAAAUAGCUUGAUGGGUUGUCAAGAAAACAAAAAUGUAACACCAAGUGGUAAGAAGUUACAUAACAGAAGUAGAGAAGAGAACUCUUAUUUAAAUAGCUCGGAAACAUGCAAAUGGAAACCGAUUUCCUUAAGCAGAACCAGACCUCACACCUGGCUUCUGAUACACACGGUUGCUCAGCAACAUGUUUCACUUCUGUUUUUUUGGAUGCUUUUUUGGGGAUCAGGGUGUUUCCCCACACUUCAGCCUGCUGCAUUCCCUGUUCGCUGAGGCCUGUUCUGCUCUAACACCUGCGUUUCACAACCCUCCAACUCCACAUCUGACCACUACCACUACCAGCUCUCAGGGCCCAGCCACCCAGCUACUUAAUAGGUCCAUAGCUCCAUCUAGGCUAUGUUACAAUUCAUUACACUGAGCCCAGGCCUGGAUUUAAUACAUUGGGUUACUUAAAACUGCAGAAACAAAGGUAUGAAGAAUUUGAUUCACAGUUUACAAUCUGACUUUGGUUUACAAUUUUACUCCUCCUUCCACCUUGCAUUAGUGCAACGGGUCAUUCCUCCAAAAAUCACCCUAAAUCCUCUCUGGGAGGAAGUGGAGGGAGGAUCGAAGGUGGGACUCCUCUGCAUCCUGAGUGGGUUCUACCCCGAUGAGCUGAGUGUGGAGUGGCUGCUGGAUGGCAAGGCUCUGACCAACUCUCCAGUCCAGCGGAAGCUGCAGAGUGUAGAAGUUGAGGAGAAAACUUUCAGCCUGAGCAGCCAGCUGGAGCUGGACCGGAGCCAAUGGACUCAAGGGUCAGAGGUCACAUGCAAGGCCACCCACAAUGCAGCACAAGGACCACCUCCAGGACCACCAGUCUCCAGGACCACAAGCAUUUGCUCAGGUGGGUUUCAGUGACAGCACCGUGUAUUGGUCCAGAGGAUGGGUAUAGAAAAGUGUACAAUUGAAAGACAUAGUAACAAUCCAAAUCUGCAAGUCUUGUGACAUCUCCAUCUGUUUUCCUCACAGCGUUUCACUCGUCUACUCCAUCCAUCCACCUGGAGACCCCCAGAUUCAGGACAGUGAUGACACAGACUGAGGUAACAGCUACAUGUGUGGUCCACUCUGCGUAUGAUGCCAAAGUGACCUGGCUUCUGGAUGGAAAAGACCCAACCAGCAGGACCCCAGUGAACCAGGCCAGCAGCACAACUCAGAGUAUCAGCAGUAACCUGACUCUUCCCUCAAGCCAAUGGAAAACCCUGAACACAAUAACAUGCAGAGCUGAACAUCGCUGCUUCAAGCCCACACAGAAGACCAGUAAUGUUAAAGGUUAGAAUGGAACUUUGUGAUCAUAUACACUACCGUUCAAAAGUUUGGGGUCACUUAGAAAUGUCCUUGUUUUCCAUGAAAACAUACAUGAAAUUAGUUUGAAUAGGAAAUAUAGCAAAAUGAAUAGGAAAUGUAGUCAUUGACAAGGUUAGAAAUAAUGAUUUUUAAUUGAAAUAAUAAUUGUGUCCUUCAAACUUUGCUUUCAUCAAAUAAUCCUCCAUUUGCAGCAAUUACAGCCUUGCAGACCUUUGGCAUUGUAGUUGUCAAUUUGUUGAGGUAAUAUGAAGAGAUUUCACCCCAUGCUUCCUGAAGCACCUCCCACAAGUUGGAUUGGCUUGGUGGGCACUUCUUACGUACCAUACGGUCAACCUGCUCCCACAACAGCUCAAUAGGUUGAGAUCCGGUGACUGUGCUGGCCACUCCACUAUAGACAGAAUACCAGCUGACUGCUUCUUCCCUAAAUAGUUCUUGCAUAGUUUGGAGUUGUGCUUUGGGUCAUUAUCCUGUUGUAGGAGGAAAUUGGUUCCAAUCAAGCGCCGUCCACAGGGUAUGGCAUGGCGUUGCAAAAUGGAGCGAUAGACUUCCUUCUUCAAGAUCCCUUUUACCCUGUACAAAUCUCCCACUUUACCACCACCAAAGCACCCCCAGACCAUCACAUUGCCUCCACCAUGCUAGACAGAUGGCAUCAAGCACUCCUCCAGCAUCUUAUAAUUUGUUCUGCGUCUCACAAAUGUUCUUCUUUGUGAUCCGAACAUCUCAAACUUCGAUUCGUCUGUCCAAAACACUUUUUUCCAAUCUUCCUCUGUCCAGUGUCUGUGUUCUUUUGACCAUCUUAAACUUUUAUUUUUAUUGGCCAGUCUAUGUAGAUAUUCCAUUACAAAUCAGCCAUUUCCAGCUACAAUAGCCAUUUACAACAUUAAUAAUGUCUACACUGUAUUUCUGAUCAGUUUGAUGUUACUUUAAUGGACAAAAAAAUUGAUUUUCUUUUGAAAACAAGGAUAUCUCUAAGUGACCCCAAUUUUUGAACAGUAAUACUGUAUAUACAGAGAGAAGUACAGCAAAACAUUGUCUUCUUACAAUCCUACCACAUAAAAAGGUAUGAAGAAUUUGAUUCAAAGUUUACAAUCUGACUUUGGUUUACAAUUUUACUCCUCCUUCCACCUUGCAUUAGUGCAACGGGUCAUUCCUCCAAAAAUCACCCUAAAUCCUCUCUGGGAGGAAGUGGAGGGAGGAUCGAAGGUGGGACUCCUCUGCAUCCUGAGUGGGUUCUACCCCGAUGAGCUGAGUGUGGAGUGGCUGCUGGAUGGCAAGGCUCUGACCAACUCUCCAGUCCAGCGGAAGCUGCAGAGUGUAGAAGGUGAGGAGAAAACUUUCAGCCUGAGCAGCCAGCUGGAGCUGGACCGGAGCCAAUGGACUCAAGGGUCAGAGGUCACAUGCAAGGCCACCCACAAUGCAGCACAAGGACCACCUCCAGGACCACCAGUCUCCAGGACCACAAGCAUUUGCUCAGGUGGGUUUCAGUGACAGCACCGUGUAUUGGUCCAGAGGAUGGGUAUAGAAAAGUGUACAAUUGAAAGACAUAGUAACAAUCCAAAUCUGCAAGUCUUGUGACAUCUCCAUCUGUUUUCCUCACAGCGUUUCACUCGUCUACUCCAUCCAUCCACCUGGAGACCCCCAGAUUCAGGACAGUGAUGACACAGACUGAGGUAACAGCUACAUGUGUGGUCCACUCUGCGUAUGAUGCCAAAGUGACCUGGCUUCUGGAUGGAAAAGACCCAACCAGCAGGACCCCAGUGAACCAGGCCAGCAGCACAACUCAGAGUAUCAGCAGUAACCUGACUCUUCCCUCAAGCCAAUGGAAAACCCUGAACACAAUAACAUGCAGAGCUGAACAUCGCUGCUUCAAGCCCACACAGAAGACCAGUAAUGUUAAAGGUUAGAAUGGAACUUUGUGAUCAUAUACACUACCGUUCAAAAGUUUGGGGUCACUUAGAAAUGUCCUUGUUUUCCAUGAAAACAUACAUGAAAUUAGUUUGAAUAGGAAAUAUAGCAAAAUGAAUAGGAAAUGUAGUCAUUGACAAGGUUAGAAAUAAUGAUUUUUAAUUGAAAUAAUAAUUGUGUCCUUCAAACUUUGCUUUCAUCAAAUAAUCCUCCAUUUGCAGCAAUUACAGCCUUGCAGACCUUUGGCAUUGUAGUUGUCAAUUUGUUGAGGUAAUAUGAAGAGAUUUCACCCCAUGCUUCCUGAAGCACCUCCCACAAGUUGGAUUGGCUUGGUGGGCACUUCUUACGUACCAUACGGUCAACCUGCUCCCACAACAGCUCAAUAGGUUGAGAUCCGGUGACUGUGCUGGCCACUCCACUAUAGACAGAAUACCAGCUGACUGCUUCUUCCCUAAAUAGUUCUUGCAUAGUUUGGAGUUGUGCUUUGGGUCAUUAUCCUGUUGUAGGAGGAAAUUGGUUCCAAUCAAGCGCCGUCCACAGGGUAUGGCAUGGCGUUGCAAAAUGGAGCGAUAGACUUCCUUCUUCAAGAUCCCUUUUACCCUGUACAAAUCUCCCACUUUACCACCACCAAAGCACCCCCAGACCAUCACAUUGCCUCCACCAUGCUAGACAGAUGGCAUCAAGCACUCCUCCAGCAUCUUAUAAUUUGUUCUGCGUCUCACAAAUGUUCUUCUUUGUGAUCCGAACAUCUCAAACUUCGAUUCGUCUGUCCAAAACACUUUUUUCCAAUCUUCCUCUGUCCAGUGUCUGUGUUCUUUUGACCAUCUUAAACUUUUAUUUUUAUUGGCCAGUCUAUGUAGAUAUUCCAUUACAAAUCAGCCAUUUCCAGCUACAAUAGCCAUUUACAACAUUAAUAAUGUCUACACUGUAUUUCUGAUCAGUUUGAUGUUACUUUAAUGGACAAAAAAAUUGAUUUUCUUUUGAAAACAAGGAUAUCUCUAAGUGACCCCAAUUUUUGAACAGUAAUACUGUAUAUACAGAGAGAAGUACAGCAAAACAUUGUCUUCUUACAAUCCUACCACAUAAAAAGGUAUGAAGAAUUUGAUUCAAAGUUUACAAUCUGACUUUGGUUUACAAUUUUACUCCUCCUUCCACCUUGCAUUAGUGCAACGGGUCAUUCCUCCAAAAAUCACCCUAAAUCCUCUCUGGGAGGAAGUGGAGGGAGGAUCGAAGGUGGGACUCCUCUGCAUCCUGAGUGGGUUCUACCCCGAUGAGCUGAGUGUGGAGUGGCUGCUGGAUGGCAAGGCUCUGACCAACUCUCCAGUCCAGCGGAAGCUGCAGAGUGUAGAAGGUGAGGAGAAAACUUUCAGCCUGAGCAGCCAGCUGGAGCUGGACCGGAGCCAAUGGACUCAAGGGUCAGAGGUCACAUGCAAGGCCACCCACAAUGCAGCACAAGGACCACCUCCAGGACCACCAGUCUCCAGGACCACAAGCAUUUGCUCAGGUGGGUUUCAGUGACAGCACCGUGUAUUGGUCCAGAGGAUGGGUAUAGAAAAGUGUACAAUUGAAAGACAUAGUAACAAUCCAAAUCUGCAAGUCUUGUGACAUCUCCAUCUGUUUUCCUCACAGCGUUUCACUCGUCUACUCCAUCCAUCCACCUGGAGACCCCCAGAUUCAGGACAGUGAUGACACAGACUGAGGUAACAGCUACAUGUGUGGUCCACUCUGCGUAUGAUGCCAAAGUGACCUGGCUUCUGGAUGGAAAAGACCCAACCAGCAGGACCCCAGUGAACCAGGCCAGCAGCACAACUCAGAGUAUCAGCAGUAACCUGACUCUUCCCUCAAGCCAAUGGAAAACCCUGAACACAAUAACAUGCAGAGCUGAACAUCGCUGCUUCAAGCCCACACAGAAGACCAGUAAUGUUAAAGGUUAGAAUGGAACUUUGUGAUCAUAUACACUACCGUUCAAAAGUUUGGGGUCACUUAGAAAUGUCCUUGUUUUCCAUGAAAACAUACAUGAAAUUAGUUUGAAUAGGAAAUAUAGCAAAAUGAAUAGGAAAUGUAGUCAUUGACAAGGUUAGAAAUAAUGAUUUUUAAUUGAAAUAAUAAUUGUGUCCUUCAAACUUUGCUUUCAUCAAAUAAUCCUCCAUUUGCAGCAAUUACAGCCUUGCAGACCUUUGGCAUUGUAGUUGUCAAUUUGUUGAGGUAAUAUGAAGAGAUUUCACCCCAUGCUUCCUGAAGCACCUCCCACAAGUUGGAUUGGCUUGGUGGGCACUUCUUACGUACCAUACGGUCAACCUGCUCCCACAACAGCUCAAUAGGUUGAGAUCCGGUGACUGUGCUGGCCACUCCACUAUAGACAGAAUACCAGCUGACUGCUUCUUCCCUAAAUAGUUCUUGCAUAGUUUGGAGUUGUGCUUUGGGUCAUUAUCCUGUUGUAGGAGGAAAUUGGUUCCAAUCAAGCGCCGUCCACAGGGUAUGGCAUGGCGUUGCAAAAUGGAGCGAUAGACUUCCUUCUUCAAGAUCCCUUUUACCCUGUACAAAUCUCCCACUUUACCACCACCAAAGCACCCCCAGACCAUCACAUUGCCUCCACCAUGCUAGACAGAUGGCAUCAAGCACUCCUCCAGCAUCUUAUAAUUUGUUCUGCGUCUCACAAAUGUUCUUCUUUGUGAUCCGAACAUCUCAAACUUCGAUUCGUCUGUCCAAAACACUUUUUUCCAAUCUUCCUCUGUCCAGUGUCUGUGUUCUUUUGACCAUCUUAAACUUUUAUUUUUAUUGGCCAGUCUAUGUAGAUAUUCCAUUACAAAUCAGCCAUUUCCAGCUACAAUAGCCAUUUACAACAUUAAUAAUGUCUACACUGUAUUUCUGAUCAGUUUGAUGUUACUUUAAUGGACAAAAAAAUUGAUUUUCUUUUGAAAACAAGGAUAUCUCUAAGUGACCCCAAUUUUUGAACAGUAAUACUGUAUAUACAGAGAGAAGUACAGCAAAACAUUGUCUUCUUACAAUCCUACCACAUAAAAAGGUAUGAAGAAUUUGAUUCAAAGUUUACAAUCUGACUUUGGUUUACAAUUUUACUCCUCCUUCCACCUUGCAUUAGUGCAACGGGUCAUUCCUCCAAAAAUCACCCUAAAUCCUCUCUGGGAGGAAGUGGAGGGAGGAUCGAAGGUGGGACUCCUCUGCAUCCUGAGUGGGUUCUACCCCGAUGAGCUGAGUGUGGAGUGGCUGCUGGAUGGCAAGGCUCUGACCAACUCUCCAGUCCAGCGGAAGCUGCAGAGUGUAGAAGGUGAGGAGAAAACUUUCAGCCUGAGCAGCCAGCUGGAGCUGGACCGGAGCCAAUGGACUCAAGGGUCAGAGGUCACAUGCAAGGCCACCCACAAUGCAGCACAAGGACCACCUCCAGGACCACCAGUCUCCAGGACCACAAGCAUUUGCUCAGGUGGGUUUCAGUGACAGCACCGUGUAUUGGUCCAGAGGAUGGGUAUAGAAAAGUGUACAAUUGAAAGACAUAGUAACAAUCCAAAUCUGCAAGUCUUGUGACAUCUCCAUCUGUUUUCCUCACAGCGUUUCACUCGUCUACUCCAUCCAUCCACCUGGAGACCCCCAGAUUCAAGACAGUGAUGACACAGACUGAGGUAACAGCUACAUGUGUGGUCCACUCUGCGUAUGAUGCCAAAGUGACCUGGCUUCUGGAUGGAAAAGACCCAACCAGCAGGACCCCAGUGAACCAGGCCAGCAGCACAACUCAGAGUAUCAGCAGUAACCUGACUCUUCCCUCAAGCCAAUGGAAAACCCUGAACACAAUAACAUGCAGAGCUGAACAUCGCUGCUUCAAGCCCACACAGAAGACCAGUAAUGUUAAAGGUUAGAAUGGAACUUUGUGAUCAUAUACACUACCGUUCAAAAGUUUGGGGUCACUUAGAAAUGUCCUUGUUUUCCAUGAAAACAUACAUGAAAUUAGUUUGAAUAGGAAAUAUAGCAAAAUGAAUAGGAAAUGUAGUCAUUGACAAGGUUAGAAAUAAUGAUUUUUAAUUGAAAUAAUAAUUGUGUCCUUCAAACUUUGCUUUCAUCAAAUAAUCCUCCAUUUGCAGCAAUUACAGCCUUGCAGACCUUUGGCAUUGUAGUUGUCAAUUUGUUGAGGUAAUAUGAAGAGAUUUCACCCCAUGCUUCCUGAAGCACCUCCCACAAGUUGGAUUGGCUUGGUGGGCACUUCUUACGUACCAUACGGUCAACCUGCUCCCACAACAGCUCAAUAGGUUGAGAUCCGGUGACUGUGCUGGCCACUCCACUAUAGACAGAAUACCAGCUGACUGCUUCUUCCCUAAAUAGUUCUUGCAUAGUUUGGAGUUGUGCUUUGGGUCAUUAUCCUGUUGUAGGAGGAAAUUGGUUCCAAUCAAGCGCCGUCCACAGGGUAUGGCAUGGCGUUGCAAAAUGGAGCGAUAGACUUCCUUCUUCAAGAUCCCUUUUACCCUGUACAAAUCUCCCACUUUACCACCACCAAAGCACCCCCAGACCAUCACAUUGCCUCCACCAUGCUAGACAGAUGGCAUCAAGCACUCCUCCAGCAUCUUAUAAUUUGUUCUGCGUCUCACAAAUGUUCUUCUUUGUGAUCCGAACAUCUCAAACUUCGAUUCGUCUGUCCAAAACACUUUUUUCCAAUCUUCCUCUGUCCAGUGUCUGUGUUCUUUUGACCAUCUUAAACUUUUAUUUUUAUUGGCCAGUCUGAGAUAUGGCUUUUCCUUUGCAACUCUGCCUAGAAGGUCAGCAUCCCGGAGUCGCCUCUUCACUGUUGACGUUGAGACUGGUGUUUUGCGGGUACUAUUUAAUGAAGCUGCCAGCAGAGGACCUGUGAGGCGUCUGUUUCUCAAACUAGACGCUCUAAUGUAUUUGUCCUCUUGCUCAGUUGUGCACCGGGGCCUCCCACUCCUCUUUCUAUUCUGGUUAGAGCCAGUUUGCGCUGUUCUGUGAAGGGAGUAGCACACAGCGUUGUACGAGAACCUCAGUUUCUUGGGCAUUCCUCGCAUGGAAUAGACUUCAUUUCUCAGAACAAGAAUAGACUGCCGAGUUUCAGAAGUUCUUUGUUUCUGGCCAUUUUGAGCCUGUAAUCGAACCCACAAUUGCUGAUGCUCCAUAUACUCAACUAGUCUCAAGAAGGCCAGUUUUAUUGCUUCUUUAAUCAGCACAACAGUUUUCAGCUGUGCUAACAUAAUUGCAAAAGGUGAUUCUAAUGAUCAAUUAGCCUUUUAAAAUGAUCAACUUGGAUUAGCAAACACAACGUGCCAUUGGAACACAAGACUGAUGGUUAUUGAUAAUGGGCCUCUGUACGCCUAUGUAGAUAUUCCAUUAUAAAUCAACCAUUUCCAGCUACAAUAUCCAGUUACAACAUUAAUAAUGUCUACACUGUAUUUAAGAUCAGUUUGAUGUUAUUUUAAUGGACAAAAACAUUGCUUUUCUUUUGAAAACAAGGACAUUUCUAAGUGACCCCAACUUUUGAACAGUAGUUUAUACAGAGAGGACUACAGCAAAACAUUCAGUCUUCUUACAAUCCUAUUGACACUGAAGCCAGAUUAAUGUUCCUUUCUCCUGUUGAUCUCUCUACUCUGUGGGUGUUUUCUCCAGGACCUGCAGUGAGCAGCACUCCCACAGUGCUGAUCAGGAGGUCUCUCCCAGACUUACUGAAUGGAGACAGUGCUGUGCUGGAGUGUGCCAUCACAAAUCUCUCCUCCAGUGACCUCUACGUCACCUUUCAGGCCAAUGGGGUUGAUUUCCCUGAGAAACAGUAUGUGGAUCUGCCUGCCUCCAAAGACCACCAUUCACUCACCAGACGCUUCUCUGUCCCCACAUCACACUGGAAAACAGACAGCACUUUCACCUGUAAAGUAAACCAAGGCUUCUCCAACAGCUGGGUGUCUAACUCCACAGGAAAGCUUUUUGGUGGGUGAACUUCUCUCGUCGUUACCUUAUGAUACCAUCUAAAUUUUUUAUGUAAUUAGGCCUACCAACAUUAAAUUAAGUUUCCAUUGUUUGUUGCAUAGUCUUAAUUUAGAACUCAAUAGUUCUAAAAUGGAAAAGUGUUUGUAUUGUUUCCAGGUGAACCGUCCAUGGAGCUUCUUCUAGUGCCCAGUGAGGAGACGUCAGGCUCAGGGACCCAGAAACUCAUAUGUUCUGGGUGGGGCUUCAACCCUCAGAUCAAGUGGCUCUCUGGGUUUGAACAGAGGUCUGCAGCAGCCUAUGAGAUUAUGAUGGGGGAAGACGAACGUGUGGCAGUAACCAGUCAUAUCACAGUAACACAGCAGGAGUGGAACCAGGGGAAGGACUUCACCUGUGAGGUCAUCGACAAGUAUCUUCAGAAAGAGGAACUUCAGAAAGUCAGGAAGAGCAUCAAUAGAUGUGCAGGUAGUUUUUGGUAUUAUGACAUAUACUAUCCUUGAGCAGUGAUAUAGGCCUAUAGCCUAACCAUCAUUCAGUAAUGUAGGCAUUCUUUAGAGCAAUAUCUGAACGUAGCUUAAAACACUCAAUUCCCUUUCCUCUCAGUGACUCCAAUAUCAUCUCAGAAAGUUGGGGUUUACCUACAGGGACCCACUCUUCGGAAGUUGAGUACAGAUGGACAGGUGCCUGUCACCUGCCUGCUGGUGGGUCCCAGCCUUGAGGACUUUUCUGUUAGCUGGAAGGUGGAUGGGGUUGUGGCUUCCCAAGGUGGGGUCAGAUGGGCCCCCAAGGACCAUUCCAAUGGGACACAGACUGUGCAGAUAAUGUUUAACGUGUCUGCGAGGGACUGGCAUGCACACAAACGUGUGUUGUGUGAGGUGAAGCACCGCUGCUCCAGCCAAGCCCAGGAGGAGCAUAUCACUAAAUGCAGAGGUAGGCUAAUUCAACACUCAAUUGGCACACAUAACCCAGAAUGCUGAUGUUGAUACAUACAUACAUCUUUGUGCAUGCUAUUGCAUCAGUGCUUAUCUGACAUAUUACUAAACAAUAUAUUUAUGUUACAUUUUAUUGAAUAGGCCCAAAAUCAACUAACUAAUCAAUUUUAUUUUCAUUUGUUUUGUCCCUCCAGAUCCCAAGCCACCCUCUAUAAAGAUAGUGAGACCAUCAGAUUCUGAUCUAUGGGGUUCAAAUAAUGCCACACUGCUUUGCUUAGUGUCUGGGUUCUUCCCCUCUGAUGUAAUAGUGAAUUGGGAGAAGGCUGGCAGUCGCCUACCUUUAUCUCACUACUCCACUAGUCCUUCAGUCCUUUAUGCAGGGAGAAGCACCUACGCCAUGAACAGUAGACUCAUCGUGCCCAGGUCCGAGUGGAAUCAGGACUCCAAUUACUCCUGUGUUGUCAGACACGAGUCGUCCGAGAGACCUAUCACCAGCACAAUAGCGAAUGUAUUUGGUGAGUGGACUGUUGAUUUGAACAGUGCCAUGAAUUUGAUUGUAAUAACAUGUACUGAUGAAUAGUAAUAAUGUUGGUUGAUGGUUGAUAAUGUUGUCUGAUGACUUGGAGAGUUUGGAUGAGAAAAACAACAGAGAUUUGCGGUUAGUGUGUCUCCCAGUCUGUCGCUCUAUCGUCUUUAACCUACAGUAGGUCUACAGAUAGGCUAUUCAAUCCCACAAACCCUUCACUGUGUCAAUAAUAUGGUCAUCAUGACAGAAAUGUAGGCUAGGUCAGCAGACCAAUCUUGAGUUGCAUAUAGAAUUAACCUCAGACUAUUUCCAAUAGCAAAAAAUGUAUAAACACCACAGAAUAACAUUCACUCAAUAUAUUGCUAAAUUAGUCAAAUUUGCUAACCAAAAUCGUAUUAGCGCACUGGUUAUGUUUAGCUAUAGCUAGCUAGCUAACCCAGCUAGCUCAGCUAUAUUGUUAUGCUAGCUAGUGCUUUAAUUUGCUCCUUUUUCUAACAAGCAAAACAAAACAUGGAAAUAUUUCCACGUUUAGCCAAUCAUUAUAACUCAUAAGUGUAAACAUGUAAAAAGUAUGCUAUUUGAUUUGAGUAGUUAAAAGGACAUACCGAUAUAUCCUUUCUUCUCAGCAAGUUCUCAACUCCAAGGUUCCAAAGUUUUGGUACCAAACUCACAUGCGGUCGAGUGCCGUGCGGGACUGAAUGUAAAGUCUAGACAGGAACAAACCAUUUCAAAUGCAAACCCUAGUGACACUGAUACAACACCACCACCAAUAAUAAUCUGCGUUAAUAGCUGCCAAGGAGCGGAUUCUGGAUUUGCAGUCGACAAGGGUUUCGAAAAGUAGAUAUACUGUAGCUACAACAUAAUAGUUUAUGGCUGCAGACUGCAGAGAGAGUCUAUGAAUGAUACAAUUCAGUAAGACGCAAACAUUGCCCCCAAAAAUUAAUAGCAUUUAGGGUACAAGGAGUUUCAGCACAAUGUCUCAAAGUAUGUACAUACUUAAUUCAGUCAUCAUCACUCAUAAAAAUCAAAUCAAAUAAAAGUUUAUUGGUCAUGUACACAGUUUUGUUUAUGUUAUCGCAGGUGCAGCGAAAUGUUUAUGUUUCUAGCUACAACAAUCCAGCAAUAUCUAGCGAUACAAUAAUAAUACAUAAUCUAAAAGUUAAAAAUUAAAACGUAUCAGAACGAGCAAUGUUUCAUUUCCCAUCCAUCAGGUUUUUCCCCAUAAUCAGAUACCUUUACCCCAGUUCCUGUCCUGCUUCAGCAUCCACCCUCAUUCAGUUUCUCUCUUCCUCUCCAUCCACCCAGUUUCUCUACCAGACUAUCAGUCAUGCUGCCCCCACUCUCCCCAGUCUCAUCCACUCCAGUCUCUCCCUCCCUGACACUCACUAUCUCUCUCUCCAGCCUCAGUGACCCACUCCGCACCAACAGCCACCCUGCUCCAGGGUCCCAGUGAGCUUGUCUGCCUGGUGUUUGGCUUCAGCCCUUCACACAUCAACAUCACCUGGCUGCUGGACGACAUCACAGAGCUGUGGAACCACAACACUAGCACCCCCUACAGGGCACCAGGGGGAAAGUUCAUCAUCAGGAGCCACCUGAGCCUGGCGCCCCAGGACUGGGCACCGGGGGCUGUUUACACCUGCAGGGUGACCCACACCACCCAGACUCUGGCCCUGAACAUAUCCAAACCAGGUGUCUGUCUGUCUGUUCACUCACUUCUGAUACAAUAACAUUUGCCUGGUACUAGCCUCUUUCUAACCGUAUAUGCUCUGUUUCACCAUUGUAAUAGAGCAUUUCAGUUUGGAUUCCAGGCUAGCCUGUUUCUGCAACUCUUUCUCACUGAAAAUCUGCUCUUUCAUUUUGAGUAGAGCUCCUUGAGGUGGAGGGUGUGUUCUUUGACGAGAACAGGUCUGAUCCCAUCCUGGCGGACACUGCAGAGGAGAACUGGAACAUGGCCUGCAUCUUCCUGGUCCUCUUCCUCAUCUCCCUCCUCUACAGCAUCACAGUCACUCUGGUCAAGGUGAGAGGGAGGAUAUAACCACCUCACAGGUUUUCACAGCCUGGCUUUGAAGUGUAAAGAUAUGUUUGUGAGGUUUGCCUUUUUUUCUUUUAAGAAGAAUGCAUUAUUUUAUCUCUGUGUGUCUUUACUGCUUUGACGCCCUGUUGAAGCACCUGUUGAGUUUCAGGUAUCUAAUGUCAUCCCACACAGAGGGUAUUCAGAUUAUCGUCAUGUUGAAUAUAAAUCAAAUUGGUCUCCCCAGAGGCUAUAUGUUUUUUUUGUUUGUAUUUUGUAUCUGUCACUGCAAUCUCAUUAUCACACUUACUCUCAUUGUAUUGCUGGAUAAGCCACAUUUACACUUGGUGUUCUCACAUCUUAUUCAGCAUCUUGAAUGUAAAACAAGCAUUCCAAGGUUUUCACAUCAACUUAUACUUACUUCCUUUUUAAUUUUUUAUUUCAGACAAAAUGAUGACUUCAGGACACUGGAAGGUUCAACUGGAAAUAAAACCAUUUAUUUCAACCUUUUCUUAUAUAAUCACAACAUAUUUCUUUAUAACAUUGCAUAGAUUGAAUUACUUACGGUCUCCGGUAGCAGGUUUGAUGACAGAGAAGUGUUUUGUGUUUUUUUCCCCCACAAAGACAGACAAUGUUGUGGUGCGCUUACUUGCUCUCAUCUCUUGUUAAUGCAUUAUAGAAUCUUCGAGCAGAGAUAAACAUUUAUGUUUAACCACUAUUAAAUAAAACAUACUCAUGCCAUUACUCUCUAUGAUGAAGUGUUUAGACACCAGUUAUUGCUGAAUUAUCUGCUGAUAAUAAAAUAUUAUUUCAAACGACCUACUUUGUCCUCCUCCCUCUUGUGUGUUAUUUGUAGUUUAUAGUUUUUAAAUCAUGUUUAAAAAUAUAUACCAUUAGUAAGAAUAUAAAUAAUGUUUCAUAUCUGAUUUGACAUAAAUACAUAUAGAGAACAACAUUAAAAUACCACAUAAGUAGGACCAUGCUUUUUGGUUGUUUUUCUGGCACUUUCUACUGGUAUUUCCAGCAUGAUGCACUAGGUUUGCUUCUGGUAGAAAAUCCUAGGAAACGUUCUUUCAUUGACACACGCUUUCUCCAAUCAAUCAAUCACAGUCGUGUUGUGAUUGUGUGUUUGGUGGGGGGAUUCGCCUAAGCCAGGGGAGACCUAGCUCUGUGAAUCUUAAUUACACAAAGCCUAUUAUUUGGCAGGGAAAAUUAUUUGUAGAUCAGCCUCCCCUGGCUUAGGCGAUCCCCCCACCAAACACACACGCACAAUCAGACAUUCAUUGAUUGAUUGAUUGGAGAAAGCUUGUGUCAAUUAAAUAACAUUUCUUAGGAUUUUCUACCAGCAGCAAAAAAUAAUAACCUUUGCUGACAUACACCUUUUGUUUCAGCACUGCAACACCUUUGUUGCCCACUAGAGGACACCACAAGACUGUGGUACAUCUGACUGUGGGCUGGUACAUUUCCCAUGUGAAAGGCCAGUCAUGUGUGGCAAUGGUCACUGGUCUGUAUGCAGAUGCUCACAGGUCAGAAAUCACCUGGAAAUAUUAGCUGGCUGCGUUCAGGGAAGGUCCCCAUGACAACAGAGGAAGAGACAGUUGCAUUAUUCUCAAAAUGUCUGCAUAUGUCUGCAAGAAAAAAUUAAAGCGUGUGAGUGUGAAAAUCUGCGAGAGUGUGUGUUUGCUCAUAUGUCUACGACAUGUGAGUGUGUGUGUGUGUAUGUAAUCUGGAGGGUUUGAAGGAAAUCACAUUGGGGAGGGAAGAGACUGAGUUCACCCAGCCUGGCUGGAUCUCGUGUAAUCUGGCAUCGUCGGUGCUCUGAUUGGCUUAGACCGCCAUGGCUGAGAACCAAUGCUCUGAUGCUGUUGCCGGGACGGAGUCACAGCAUGUUGCCAACCGACGUGCCAUGGGGCUGGCAACAGGGGAGAGGAGGGCACAAUGCCCAGCAGGCUGCCCAUCCAGAAGGGUCUCCCUGUCUGACCACCUCUCUCUCUCCAUCUGA